AACUGAUAAGACGUGAUUAAUAAUGUUUAAAAACUUUUUGAGAUUCAAUAUAAUUUUGUUUAUUAUAACAAUUUCAAAUGGACAGCAUGAAUAUAAACCCGAAAUAACGGCCACGGUAUCUCAGGUUUUUCUGGGUGAACCCUUGGAUAAAUCAUUUACGAAGGUAGGCAAUAAAGCUUAUCAUUUUGGCCAAAGCAAGCUGUCUUGGUAUAAAGCCUAUCUUGUAUGUCGUUCGCUGGGUGGCUAUUUGGCCUCGAUUGAUACCCAGCAAGAUCUUAAAGAUCUCUCAAACUAUUUGAGUUCAACUUAUGGCUCAUCACGCAUAUGGUGGCUAUCCGGUUCCGAUCAAGAUUCUGAGGAUGAUUUCUUUUGGUUUUCAACUGGUCGUCGUUUUGGCUAUGCCGACUGGGCUACGGGUCAACCGGACAAUAAUAAUGGUGAUGAGAAUUGUGUUUAUUUGGAUUAUCGCAGACCUAAUUAUCAAAUGUAUGAUGGCAAGUGUGAUCGUAAGAUGUAUUAUGUAUGUGAGAAUCGUUUGAAAACGAUAAUUUUAAAUGUUUCAUAAAGGAAAAGUGUUUAAAAAUUAAAGAAAAAAAUAUGUUUAGAUGUGAAGCAAAUUAAUAAAAUAAUAAAUUUAGAAAAAUAUAUUUUAAGUUCAUAAAAAACUGUACUAAAACGAACUUCAAUAACUCCAAUUGGUUCAAUAUCAACUGAAUACACUCAUAGUUUAAUCUCUUUGUGGUUUUCAUGACUUUAAAACCUAACAAAAACCCACAAAUCAAUCAAAAUACACAAAUAAAUAUCAUAAUCAAGACCAUAAGUUAAAUAAAAGAUCUUAAUUUCAAAUUUUA